ACAUAUAUGUAUAUAAUCUUCAAAUUUCGCUUAACGUCUCCGAUUAGUGAUGUAAAGAAAUGCUUCUUCCUGUUGAAAACCGCUGAUUAUAGAACCUUAUCGGACUUCAUUGAUAAGAUUGAUAGGACGCGAAUAUAUCGUAUUUUGCGAGAUACUCAGUCAGAAGUAUAUUUGCAUCGAAAGUGACUGUUAACUUUUAUCUUAACAUGGUUUAUCCUUGUGAAGAUGUUCUCGCGCUUAGCAAUAUUAAUUGCAGUCUAUGUAAUCAAUCGCGCAAGAUCGAGUGAUUAAUCGUUGUGCAAAUGACAGUUUUUAGCACGUCUAAAUGGUUACUUUCUUAUCUACAAUAUAGGUGUGACAUUAUGAGUCCGCUUUUCUUAGGAUAUUUAUACUUCUACAUUACAGUAAAUUCGAUGGAAAGUUUAGGCAACGUAAUUCCCACUUCAAAUUGGGAGAACUUCACGGAAAGUACAGAAUAUUUUGUCAAACUAAAUUGCACUCAAUGUAAUGUCAUAGCGGAACAACUAUGUAAUUGCAGCUUGGAAAAUUACGGCAGAUAUUCAAUAUGUUGCUCCGAUAGUCAAUGUUGCUAUUGCGAAAACUGUGUUCUGUAUCAGAGGCGACAGGAUCUCCUAGUAAUAAUAGAAAUCAGUGUUUCCGUUUUGUGCGCUUUUGGUAUUCUUGGUCUUCUUGUAAUUUAUUGCAAACUAUGUAAAAGAACAAGGCAGAACAUCUGUAGACGCCCAAGAUGUAUCGUGUUCCGCGAUGAAUACAAUACAAUAACACAUUGCAGCACUAUUGAAGGUUUACGAGAGAGACCGCCUCCGUACAGUGAGGUAGCUCACAGUACAUCUGUUCAUACGUCCUCCAACAAUGCCCCUCCGCUUUACACGUCUCCCUACAACAGGACAUCUAUGCAAGAAGCCCCGCCAUCAUAUCCCGGAACGCCAAAACCGCAGGAGAGAACUCAACUUUUUGACCAACCUUCUACAGUUUCCGUUACUCAACAUAUGUAACAAUGAUAUUAUUGCACAUAAAGAUAUUUCUACGUCUAUAUACAUAAAAACUUGCUCGAAUAUAAUCUAUAGUUAUAUUUUGCAACAAACUGUUCUUGUUGAGACUAUGGUUUUUUAAUCUUACGGAGAGGGUAAUGAAACUUACGCCUCAGAAUUAUAUAAUGAAAAUGUCAUUUAUUUGAUGUGGUGCAAUGACUUAAAGUAAAAUGGAAAAUGAAUGUCUGUAUGAGCUGUGUUUUUAAUGAGCGGCGCGCGCGCGCACACACACUUUUGACGGGUCAGCCACUACCGUCACGUAUACACCAUUUACUUUACAAAAGAGCGCUUUCGAUUUUUUUUUUUUUUUUUUUUUUUUUAAAUGCAAUAUACAACGGAAGUUUGUGUAUCAGAGAGCGAGCGUGUGGUAGCGGCUACUUACUUUUACUGUUGGUAAAAUUGUUUCGACACGCGCCGCAUUUCAUCAUGAUGAGGUAACACUUGUCUUACUUGUACUUAAUAGUUUAUCAAAUUAUACAUAUAUCCAGUCAUACGAUCAUAUUAUAGUUUGCUGCGGAUUGGUUUGUACGAAUAGCGCCUUAUCUCUGUUUUUUUUUUGUUUGUUUUGGAUCUGUAUUUUGCGGAUUAUAUAUUUCAGUGUGGAAUUUGGUUUUUUCUCUCUGUUUUUGCUCUGGUUCUCGUUUCUUUUACUUUUUUUCUUGGAGGAAAAGACAUUCACAAUGUUGUGUUUAUUUUUACGAAAUAAAUCGCCGUACAGUCCCAAAGAUAGAUAUGAAAGAA